AUGAAUGUUAGUACGGGUGUUUCACUCUCGACCCUGCAUCUCAGCAGCACAAGCGAUGAUGAUUCCGAAUCCGACAGCCUGACCAGCUUCAAGCCUGCAGACCCGAUUCAGUGGCACGACCGUGAGCUGCCGUCGUGGGCGUACGAUGAUUCUGCCGUGCAGGUCAUUUCAUGUGUCAUGGAAUGGAAGGCGCCAGCUUUAGUUAGAGUCGGAGCAGCAAGCACACGUGUAUUGGCGUUCGUGUGGCGCUACGUCUUUUAUGCUAUGCUUGUUGUGUGGUUCUUCUGGGCUGCUUUCCCGCUGGUCGUCGCAAAUUUUGCUACUUGUGACGAGCAAGGCGGCUUCUCUCGUAUAUCUGCUAAGCUGCUGAUCAUCUACGUCCCCUUCGUCUUGCUGUCCCUUUGGCUCGAGUGCAAGGUCCUGGCUGCCAAGAUUCCCAUGGAGGUGUGCUCCUUGGGUGGCUGGACCUUUCUUGGCGUUCGUGUCCCCUUCUCUGCAUACUUCGGCGUGCAGCUCGUGGUCAGCGCCGUGAGCCACAUGGACCUCGCCACAAAUGGCAUUGUCUACGCAGAGAUUCUACACACGGCAUCUUGCGACGGGAACCGUGUUGAUGAGACCUGGGCGUUGGUAAGCCAGCGCUCGGUUUUCCACGAACGGUUGCCCCGCCUCAGUGCGGUUGCCUCAAUCAGCUAUGGGUUGAUGGUCGUUCAGCUUCUCUAUGCUUUGUACACUGGGCUGCCGCUGUUCACAAACAGCAACCCUCGAGUGAAGAGUCUCUCUGAAUGGCUUACAAUGAAGGCACCCGUGAUGCACAGCAAGGAUGACUUGCCGCAGAGCCCUUAUGCCAUCACGUUGCAAUCAUGGUCGGAGGAGGUUUGGGCCACUGAGCUGGUGAUGUCUUUGAGCCCUGCAGCCCGGCUCACUGCAGUCAUGGCUCGAGAGACAGAGCGGGUCAAGGUGACGGAGUUGGCCAAAGUCCAACAGCUGAGCGGAGCAGACCCAUGGACCCGAGCUUCGUUGGUCACCUGGGCGAGGCUCAUCACACAGCGGCUCUUCUUGACUGCUUGCUUCGAGGGGGCCCUUUUCACCAACAUCACCGGCAGCGUGCUUGCCAUCGAGAAAUACUUGACCGGUCGGGCCGACAUUCUGACCCUGGCCUCCGUCGUCUUGAGCAGUCUCAUGUUUGCGGAACGCUUGAUCUCAACCGUAAAGGUCGUGCGGGCCGUCACAGUGGUGCUGUGGCCUGAGCUCAACGAUGACAAGGCUAGUGACGAAGACAGGAAGUUUCAAGAGCAAGGUUAUGAGGAGAUCAAUCGAUCGUCACUCAAGGGCUACCUGUUGCGCACGGUGACCUUGCUUUUGGGCUCCGCAGUGCUGCUGUCCUGGUGGAUGGGCUAUGCUGUGCUGAAGACACUGAUGGUCUUUCGUUGCUCCAAAGGCUUGUGGAACUACGCAUGGCCUUUGCCUGAUGGUUGCAUCGAGUGA